GCUCUUAUCCUUGUCGGUGGUUUCGGCACUCGUCUUAGGCCCCUCACUCUGUCGUGGCCCAAGCCCCUCGUCGAGUUCUGCAACAAGGCAAGUUUGUCAACCCCGCUAACCCUGCUGACGUGUCAGGCCGGUGUCAAGGACAUUGUUCUUGCCGUCAACUACCGCCCCGAGGUCAUGGUCUCGGUCCUUAAGAAGACCGAGGAGGAGUACGGCAUCACCAUCAACUUCUCCGUUGAGACUGAGCCUUUGGGCACUGCCGGCCCCCUCGCCCUUGCCCGCGACAUCCUUGGCAAGGACGACUCGCCAUUCUUUGUCCUCAACUCGGACGUCACCUGCACUUACCCCUUUGAGGCGUUCCGUGAUUUCCACCUCAAGCACGGCUGCGAAGGCUCGAUUAUGGUCACCAAGGUCUCCGAGCCUUCGGCGUACGGUGUCGUCGUCACCAAGCCCGGGUCUACAAUCAUUGACCGUUUCGUUGAAAAGCCCGUCGAGUUUGUCGGCAACCGCAUCAACGCCGGUAUCUACAUGUUCAACCCUUCUGUCCUCGACCGCAUCGAGCUCCGCCCCACAUCGAUCGAGAAGGAGAUCUUCCCCGCCAUCGCUGCCGACCAGCAGCUGCACGCCUACGACCUCCAGGGCUUCUGGAUGGACGUCGGACAGCCCAAGGAUUUCAUCUCGGCAGGCACCUGCCUCUACCUCUCCCACCUCACGUCGCAGGGCUCGCCUGAUCUCGCCGACCCGGCGCAGAACAAGUGGGUGCACGGCGGCAACGUCCUCGUCGACCCUACGGCCGAGAUCGACCCCACUGCUCUCGUUGGCCCCAACGUCGUUAUUGGCCCCGGUGCCAAGAUUGGCAAGGGCGCGCGUCUCCAGCGCUGCGUGAUCAUGUCCAACGCCGAGGUCCGCGACCACGCGUGGAUUGCGUCGUCUAUUAUCGGCUGGAACUCGACUGUUGGCCGCUGGUGCCGCGUCGAGAACAUCACCGUUCUUGGUGACGAUGUUUCGAUCAAGGACGAGUUGUAUGUCAACGGUGCCUCUGUUCUGCCACACAAGAGCAUCUCGACGAGCAUUACGGAGCCUCGCAUUGUCAUGUAA